AACCAAUAUGGCGACGUCCUUAUGUUGCACUAUUCUGUCAGCAUGUUAGAUGAUAUUUGAGUUAUAUACAAAAUGUUUGAUGUUUAAAGUUAAUCGCAGCAAACUGGCUGAUAACACCAUAAGGUACUAUUUUGAGAAUAAUUGCCAAUUAAAGCAUGGGUUCUCAGUGUUUGUUAUUUGGUGCAAGGUCCUGUCGAACAUUUAUUUCAACGUAUCGAAUAACAGGUAUUCAGUCUUCAAAAACGUUCGUAUCCACAUGGACACAGUUUGUUAUCAAUAGUGAUAUAGCACCUAUCUUGAGGCCACUACGUUGCCAUGUGCGCGUCAAUCCCAAAAAUUCCACUUCAGCCAGGAAUGCAUACACCUUCACCUCCACUGCUGUCGUAAAGGAUGUGAUCCUCUUCGAGCACGAUCGGACCCGCUUUUUCAGACUUUUGGCCAUAUUCUGUGGAGGCCAGUUUCUGUUCUGGGCAUAUCUGGCCCAUUUUGCUUUCACAGGUCUUCGAGACACGAGAAAAAACGGUGGUGAGCCUCCAAACGUCAGAACUGAGUUAGGAGGACUUUUCAGUUUUGACAUGAACCUUGGAUCAAACGCCUGGAGGUAUGGGUUCACACUUGGAUGCCUUUUUAUUGGUGGAGGAAUCCUGGGCGUGGCGACAUUGUUUAGCCGUCGUUCUGUCAGUCGUGUAAUUUUGCACAAGGGUGGUGGAAAGGUUACAGUGUCUACACAGUCACCUUUGGGACCUCUGAGAGCUCAUCAUUUAACUGUGCCUUUGAGUCAAGUGACAUGUCAUGCACAUAGGCAGGAAUCGCCUUCAUUUAUUCCUCUUAAAAUAAAAGGCUACAAGUACUACUUUCUUUUGGACAAAGAAGGGACACUGAACAAUCCUAAACUCUUUGACAUUACUGUGGGCGCAUACAGACCCUUGUGAUAAGCUAUCUGUGUGUAUUCCGUCUGUUAUCAACUGAACACGUGUGUAAUCACUUCAUAUGUGCUGUCAUUGAAUAAAAAAUAAUUAUU